GGUUCUACAGAGCGCACCCUGCCUCGGCGCCGCCGGGAGCCGCACUGGGCAUGCUCGGCUCUCGCCGGCACGGUCGCCCGUAGGUGGGAAGCGCCGGCUCUCGGCGGCAGGGUUAGCAGCCGGCAUCGAGAAGAGGCAGCGAAGAGGCGCGGGCGGAGGAGGUUGCUACGCGCUGGGUGCUGCAGAGCUCUCCGGGUGGCCAUGGCGAGCAGCGCACGGCGACCACCGGAGUGGCGCAGCGGUGUCAGAUUCUUGACCAAGUACCAAGCCCAUGGAUCCAGGACUGGUUUGUCCCAUGGCCUGCUCUGAACAGUGUACAGUCUGAUAGAAGAUCCCAUCGGCAAACCAUCCCUUGGCCUUACGGAACAAGCAAAGAAGAUGGGUCUGCUGAAGAGCCAUCUGACUCUGUGCUUACCACCUUCUGUGCCCUUUUUAAUCCUAGCAUCCACUCUAGCGACUGCUAAGAGUGUGAGCAACAGCACUUUAAAUGGCACUGAUGUGGUCUUGGGCUCUGUGCCCGUCAUCAUUGCCAGAACUGACCAUAUCAUAGUCAAGGAGGGGAGCAGUGCCUUGAUUAAUUGCAGUGUUUAUGGCAUUCCUGACCUAGACUUUAAGUGGUAUAACUCUGUUGGCAAGCUGCUGAAAGAAAGCGACGACGAGAAGGAGAGAGGAGGAGGAAAGUGGCAAAUGCUGGACGGUGGCGUCCUGAACAUCACCAAGGUGUCUUUCUCAGACCGAGGCAAAUACACGUGCGUGGCGUCUAAUAUCUACGGCACGGUAAACAACACGGUGACCCUGAGAGUCAUCUUUACCUCUGGAGACAUGGGUGUGUACUAUAUGGUCGUGUGCCUCGUGGCCUUCACCAUUGUCAUGAUCCUCAACAUUACCCGCCUGUGUAUGAUGAGCAGCCACCUGAAGAAGACUGAGAAAGCCAUCAAUGAGUUCUUUAGGACAGAGGGUGCCGAGAAGCUGCAAAAGGCGUUUGAGAUUGCUAAGCGCAUCCCCAUCAUCACCUCAGCCAAAACUCUAGAGCUCGCCAAAGUGACUCAGUUCAAAACCAUGGAGUUUGCCCGGUACAUAGAAGAGCUUGCCAGGAGCGUGCCCCUGCCUCCGCUUAUCAUGAACUGCAGGACGAUCAUGGAGGAGAUCAUGGAAGUGGUCGGGCUGGAGGAGCAGGGGCAGAAUUUUGUGAGGCAUACCCCAGAAGGACAAGAAGCCGCAGAUAGGGACGAGGUAUACACAAUCCCCAACUCUCUGAAGCGAAGCGACUCCCCGACCGGCGACUCCGACGCUUCGUCAUUGCAUGAACAGCCACCUCAGCAGAUUGCCAUCAAGGUCUCCGUUCACCCCCAGUCCAAAAAGGAUCACGUGGAUGACCAAGAGGGCGGUGGACAGUUUGAGGUCAAAGAAGAAGAGGAGACGGAGCCGUCAGAGGAACAUUCCCCAGAGACUGCGGAGCCUUCUACAGACAUAACGACCACGGAGCUGACGUCGUCGGAAGAGGCGUCGCCUGUAGAGGCUCCGGAGCGAGGACUGCCACCAGCACACCUAGAAACAACAGAGCCAGCAGUGACAUGUGACAAAAACACCUGCAUCAUUUACGAAAGCCAUGUCUAAUCUUAACUCCGAAAAGCUAUGCAUAUCAAGAAAAUCAGGGGCUGCUCCUUAUAAUACAAAUGUAGUAUGCACUUGCCGCUAAGCCUUACCAGGAGACGCUCAUCCCUUUAGGUAGGAGUGAUGCCCCGUGAGAGGGACGACACCUGCGCUGAGUUCAUGUGACUGGAAUCACCCCAGUAGGAAAGGAUGUGAGAAGUACUGGGGGACGGAACUGAUAAGAUGGGGCAGAGGUCUGUCCGUGUGAUCUUGAGUUGCAGAGGCCAUUCUCCGCCAAAUCCCGUAAUUGGUGAUGCCCUUUUGGCCAGGAGGACACUAUUAUUAAUAAGUAAGAUGUUCUGAGUUCAGGAGCCCUGUCUAAUGCAUACUGAAUUGCUUUUCCUUUUGAAAAUUAUAGGUCUGCUACAGUAGCAAACGCUCAUACACGGGUUUGUUGCACUUUCUUCUCAGUUCUCAUUAUCUUCACACUUCUUUUAUAAUGGAGUAGAUGUUAUUCUAUUAAUAUUAAUUGCUCUUUCUGCCAGAGUCUUCUGUGUCCCCUUUGUCCUUAUUUUUUUCCUUAGUAUGUUUACCUCAGAGUCUUGGGUAUCAGUCACUGACACGGCUGAUAUCUGUCAUUUGUGACACUCCGAAUUAGUUACUACACUUUUUCUUUUUCCUAAUUUUCUCUUUAAAAAUAUAAUAACUUCACAUCUAUUUCAUAUGCCUUUGUUUCCAAUGAAGCUGCUAUUGUGAAACUGAGAAAAAAAAAAGCUUUGCCCCCAAAUAGCACUUUAACAGUCAAAUAUAAACGUUUACCUGCCCAGUUCUGAGAGCAUUCAGGAGAGCUCUGCUGAGGUGUGGGGCAAGGUUGUAAAUGCUUAGAUGUCCCUACAGCACUCACGAAACUGGUUUACAUGCAAGUGGCAUCACCCUCCAAAUGAAGAUGGAUUCUUUAUCUGGGAGAUUUAUUGCUUCCAAAAACAGAGGUGUUUGGAGAAUUCCUAUAGGUACCACAUGUCAGCUUCCCAGAAGGCCUUGCAGGGCCCAUAGGGUGUGGUCAGCUCAGCAGUAGAUUUAGGGCAGCAACUAGUGUCUCUGUGGUGAGCAUAAGCAGUUCCCCCUGAGACUGCAUAUUUCACUCAUUGGUCAUUGAAAAGGAGCAUAAAACAUGAGGACAAUGACAUCGAUGAUUUUAUCCUGAAACGAUUGAAUUGUUUGUCCCACUAACACAUAGUAUGUGUAAGGCAGCUUGAUCUCAGAGAAGAAAGUCAAACCAGUCACCCAGAGGUUUAAUACUUGACUGUGCCAAUACCGAGCUGUCAGGCUUUUGGCCAAUCUGUAAGAGAGGGACUGAACUCUGAGCACCGUUUGUCCCCAAUGGCAUCACAUUCAGAGAAAUAACCCAACAUUUUAAAUUUUUGAAUUUUUCAUGAUUGUUUUUGAGGAUUUUUGCUUUCAUAUCUGGGUUCACAAGAAACUUUAUGCUGUGUCACUCAAAUGAAAACUACCACAGCAUUUUCAACAAAAUCUAGAAUUUUUCCCCUCCAAAAUUAUGAGGCCCACUUCUACCACAGUUUA